AUGAUUAUUGAGAACCCAGACGCUUUCAAAUCUUGGCUGACGUCCAUAUUGGAACCACUAUGUGACGCGGAUCCAGCGGCGUUAGCGAAGUAUGUGUACGCGUUGGUGAAGAAGGAUAAGUCCUUGGAUGAACUCCGGGAUGGAAUGUUGGAUCAGUUGGAUGUGUUUCUUCAACAGGAGACGAAGCCGUUCGUAGACAUGCUGUUCAAGUCCCUCGAGAGUCAGGAUUACUUGAAGCCGUCAGCGGAGCCCCGCGAGGCCCGGGAGCCGUCACCGCAGCCCGAGCCCACAGAACCUGACAAACAGCCCGAACAAGAAAACCAUGUAUCAACAGCGCCUACUACGGUUGCUGAGAAGCCUCCGAUGCGUCGUUCACCUCCCCAUAGAGUAGUGGUCCCUCGAAUGAGACAACAUCCACAACAUGAGCAGACUCUCGUUAAGGUGCUACCAACAGAACUUCUAGAAGAACCUGUAGAUGCACCUAGAAGGAGAGACAGAAGAAAUGAUUCUGCUCGCGAUAAAGAGGACCGCCGUCGUCGUAGAUCUAGGUCGUGGGAACGAAGAGCUAGACGAAGACGUUCGUCCCGCUCCCCGUCUCCCCGCGGUCGUUAUCGCAACAGAAGCCCGCCGACGCUCGACCGACACGGCUCCAGAUCACGAUCGAGAUCGCCGGUCCCGAUUAGGGAGAGAGAAUUGGAGAGGGAGAGAGACAGAAUGAGACCUCUGAGGGAGAUGGAAAGAGAAAGAAUGUCGAGGGACAGAGAGCACAGGGAUAGGAUCACGCGCUCCAGGGAUAGAGAACGGUCCCGAGACAGAUCAAUAUCACCACAUGAGACAAGAAUCGAGCAUGCCGAUGUGUUUAAGAGGAGAUGCAGAGAUUUUGAUGUGAAGGGUUACUGUAUGCGCGGCGACCUCUGCGAGUGGGACCACGGCGCGGACCCUGUAGUGUUGGAAGACGCCGCCUUAACCAGGGUACUGGCUGGACCUCCUGCACUCGCUGAAUACAAUCCCGCCGCUCCGGACAUCUGGUCUGGCGGAGUGGUGGGCGCUUUCCCCCCUCCACCGCCGCCGCACCACCUCGCGCCCCGGGAAUUGGUGCCCAUACCACGUGUCCGUCACGAGCCCCCAUUAGGAGCAGCUAUGCCGCCCCCACCAAGACAUCCCCCUCCACCCAAAAAGACAUUUGAAUACAACAGAUUAGGUCCGCCACGCCCUUUCCAGUCAAACGCAAACUGUUCUUUAGAAGUGAAGAAAGUGCCUCGCGGUUUGAACGACAUAACGCAUCUGAACAAUCACUUCUGUAAAUUCGGCAAAAUUGUUAAUAUACAGGUCUGUUUUGAGGGGGAUCCAGAAGCGGCUCUUAUAACAUUCUCUAACCCAACGGAGGCUAACGUGGCUUACAAGAGUACGGAGGCUGUUCUCAAUAAUAGAUUCAUUAAAGUGUUUUGGCACAACCCUGAGAAUAAGCAAGAGAACACAGCCCCACCGGGACAACAGGCGAACAAACAGACGGACAGACAGAACUCACAUCCAAUGUCACACAACAAAGUGCUCAUCAACAGAGAAAAUAUGAAAGCAACGGCUGACAACAAAACUGUUGAAAAGAAUACCAAAGAACAGUCAAACGGUAACGAAACUCCCGCAGUUCGUCCCAAUCCUCGGCAACUAUCAGAACAUCAUCGACGCGCGCAGGAACUGCUACAGUCACAGCUAAGACAGCAAAGAUUAAUGAUUGAGAAGUUAGAAGCCGGUGGACUAUCAGAACAGCAAAGAACUGCUUUAAUGGACGCUAUAAAAGCUUCACACGACGGUAUAGAGAAACUUAGAGAACAAUUGGUUGCUUAUAAUGGAAUGAGAGCACAGAUGCAGGCUAAUGUGAAGAAACCGAAAACGGCCCAAGAGGCGCAGAAGGAGAUACUGGAUGCAGAACUAGACAUAAUAACGAAACAACAGGAGGGUCAAGACGUGUCAGAAUUGUCUCAGCGUAUAGCGGCUUUAAGAAGGGCGGCGGCCGCGCUCGCUCCUAGAAGGACUAAUAGGGGCGGUCGUUUCAACCCGGCCAUGCGUUUCUCCCGCACGUCGAAGGUGUUCAGCGUCAAUCAGUCCGUGGACCACCGGCCGAGGGCGCUGCUUGUAUCAGGAUUCGAACCGGAUGAGCUCGACGCUCUGUUGGCGCACUUCGCGCAAUUCGGUGAGAUCACAGGCAAGGAAGUGAACUUGUCGGUGCCGGAGCUCGUGGUGCAGUAUCGGGCGCGCCAGCACGCCGAGCACGCGCUGCACGCGGCGAGGAACUAUAGUGAUAGGACGCUCUCGAUCACGUGGGUAACGAAUAACAAGCCACUUGCAGCGCCCGCGCUAAACGGAGACUCAACUCACGAGACGAAGGAUGUCACGCCCGUUUGGAUGAGGACGAAGAUGAUGAAGAGCAUCGCUCCUGGAGGCGCUGACGUUGAUACCGGAUACGGAAACAACAACCGGAGCUCCGGAUACGGAAACAACACCCAGAGGUCCGGAUACGGAAACAGAACCGCCCGCCUGCCCUCACGCACACACAAGCCUUAUACUAUCUAG